CUGCCUUCUUAUUCUGAAUUUCGAGCCCGAGGCGGGUCAACCUUCUUCGAGGCUGCAAGUUCUUGUCAAAAAGCGUCAAGAGCCGUGGACCCUCUCCUCCGGAAUGGUUGUUGAGCCCCAUGAAGCUGGUGCCAAAGAGCCACAGUCUUCGACUGCCUUCCUGAAGAUGUUUGACAGGCCUCAUGCCUCCCAGCUUCGAAAAGAUAAUGGGGUCGAACCUUGAACGAACGACAUUGAUGAUUCUUGUUUCGAGUUUACCAGAAGCGGCAGAGCUGCUGGGAUGUAUGAGACCGAUAAAACCGCCUACACUGCACUACGUGACUACCAAGAAAAGAUUGUUCCUCAAAUUCUCGCAGCGGUCAAUCUGGAUAUCACGCCUCCCGAAGUGGAAGGCCACGUCAAGCCGAGUGCCCUUUACCAAAUCAAGAGAAUCUUGCUCGAAUACCUUGAGGGAUUCGGCCUAGCAACACUAGAAAAACGCGCCCCUCAGUCGUCGUGGCAAGAUAUAGUUGAUCAGGCUGUAAAUAUCGUCCACGUCCUCAGCGACAACCGCAUCCUAAACGCCGACGUACGACCUGACAACUUCGUCAUUGUGCCCUGCGGAGAGAAGAGAUAUCGAGUCUUCAUUUUUGAUUUGGCACAGUGUAGGCUAGGCAGAGAAGAUGAGUCGGACAUGGAUUGCGGCCGCGCGAAAUGGACACAAGAUGAGGAAGGGGCUAUUGGGUUUGUCAUGAAGCGUAGGCUGGGGAAGCUUGGGUUCGAACUCGUCGUCAACCAUUCACAGAGAUAUCUUGAGUUCGCUGAGCGGGAAGAGUGAAUGGCAUUCUGGAUCCUACGGGAUCAUGGAAGCAGACUCUGGUCCGACUCGCUUUCUAUUUUGUCC